AGGAGGCGCGGGGCGGGGCGCGGCGCAGGGGUGGGGCCGCAGCGCGCAUGCGUCCUAGCGGCGGGUCCCUGCGGCUCGGGAUGGAGGCUGGACAUCUGUUCUGCUGUUGUGUCUUGCCAUUCUCCUGAAGAACAGAGGCACACUGUAAUACCCAACACUUCCCCUUGCAUUCUGUGAGAAUACAGCAAGAUGGAAAUACCAAAUCCCCCUACCUCCAAAUGUAUCACUUACUGGAAAAGAAAAGUGAAAUCUGAAUACAUGCGACUUCGACAACUUAAACGGCUUCAGGCAAAUAUGGGUGCAAAGGCUUUGUAUGUGGCAAAUUUUGCAAAGGUUCAAGAAAAAACCCAGAUCCUCAAUGAAGAAUGGAAGAAGCUUCGUGUCCAACCUGUUCAGUCGAUGAAGCCUGUGAGUGGACACCCUUUUCUCAAAAAGUGUACCAUAGAGAGCAUUUUCCCGGGAUUUGCAAGCCAACAUAUGUUAAUGAGGUCACUGAACACAGUUGCAUUGGUUCCCAUCAUGUAUUCCUGGUCCCCUCUCCAGCAGAACUUUAUGGUAGAAGAUGAGACGGUUUUGUGCAAUAUUCCCUACAUGGGAGAUGAAGUGAAAGAAGAAGAUGAGACUUUUAUUGAGGAGCUGAUCAAUAACUAUGAUGGGAAAGUCCAUGGUGAAGAAGAGAUGAUCCCUGGAUCCGUCCUGAUUAGUGAUGCUGUUUUUCUGGAGUUGGUCGAUGCCUUGAAUCAGUACUCAGAUGAGGAGGAGGAUGGGCACAAUGACACCUCAGAUGGAAAGCAGGAUGACAGCAAAGAAGAUCUGCCAGUAACAAGAAAGAGAAAGCGACAUGCUAUUGAAGGCAACAAAAAGAGUUCCAAGAAACAGUUCCCAAAUGACAUGAUCUUCAGUGCAAUUGCCUCAAUGUUCCCUGAGAAUGGUGUCCCAGAUGACAUGAAGGAGAGGUAUCGAGAGCUAACAGAGAUGUCAGACCCCAAUGCACUUCCCCCUCAGUGCACACCCAACAUCGAUGGCCCCAAUGCCAAGUCUGUGCAGCGGGAGCAAUCUCUGCACUCCUUCCACACACUUUUUUGCCGGCGCUGCUUUAAAUACGACUGCUUCCUUCACCCUUUUCAUGCCACCCCUAAUGUAUAUAAACGCAAGAAUAAAGAAAUCAAGAUUGAACCAGAACCAUGUGGCACAGACUGCUUCCUUUUGCUGGAAGGAGCAAAGGAGUAUGCCAUGCUCCACAACCCCCGCUCCAAGUGCUCUGGUCGUCGCCGGAGAAGGCACCACAUGGUCAGUGCUUCCUGCUCCAACGCCUCAGCCUCUGCUGUGGCUGAGACUAAAGAAGGAGACAGUGACAGGGACACAGGCAAUGACUGGGCCUCCAGUUCUUCUGAGGCUAACUCUCGCUGUCAGACUCCCACAAAACAGAAGGCUAGUCCAGCCCCACCUCAGCUCUGUGUAGUGGAAGCACCCUCGGAGCCUGUGGAAUGGACUGGGGCUGAAGAAUCUCUUUUUCGAGUCUUCCAUGGCACCUACUUCAACAACUUCUGUUCAAUAGCCAGGCUUCUAGGGACUAAGACGUGCAAGCAGGUGUUUCAGUUUGCAGUCAAAGAAUCACUUAUCCUGAAGCUGCCAACAGAUGAGCUCAUGAACCCCUCACAGAAGAAGAAAAGAAAGCACAGAUUGUGGGCUGCACACUGCAGGAAGAUUCAGCUGAAGAAAGAUAACUCUUCCACACAAGUGUACAACUACCAACCCUGUGACCACCCAGACCGCCCCUGUGACAGCACCUGCCCCUGCAUCAUGACUCAGAAUUUCUGUGAGAAGUUCUGCCAGUGCAACCCAGACUGUCAGAAUCGUUUCCCUGGCUGUCGCUGUAAGACUCAGUGCAAUACCAAGCAAUGUCCUUGCUAUCUGGCAGUGCGAGAAUGUGACCCUGACCUAUGUCUCACCUGUGGGGCCUCAGAGCACUGGGACUGCAAGGUGGUUUCCUGUAAAAACUGCAGCAUCCAGCGUGGCCUCAAGAAGCACCUGCUGCUGGCCCCCUCAGAUGUGGCUGGAUGGGGCACCUUCAUAAAGGAGUCUGUGCAGAAGAAUGAAUUCAUUUCUGAAUACUGUGGUGAGCUCAUUUCUCAGGACGAGGCUGAUCGUCGCGGAAAGGUCUAUGACAAAUACAUGUCCAGCUUCCUCUUCAACCUCAAUAAUGAUUUUGUAGUGGAUGCUACUCGGAAAGGAAACAAAAUUCGAUUUGCAAAUCAUUCAGUGAAUCCCAACUGUUAUGCCAAAGUGGUCAUGGUGAAUGGAGACCAUCGGAUUGGGAUCUUUGCGAAGAGGGCAAUUCAAGCUGGCGAAGAGCUCUUCUUUGAUUACAGGUACAGCCAAGCUGAUGCUCUCAAGUACGUGGGGAUCGAGAGGGAGACCGACGUCCUUUAGCCCUCCCAGGCCCCAUGGCAGCAUUUAUGGUAGCGGCACUGUCUUGGCUUUCAUGCUCACACCACUGCUGCUCGAGUCUCCUGCACUGUGUCUCCCACACUGAGAAACCCCCUACCCACGCCCUCUGUAGUGAGGCCUCUGCCAUGUCAAGUGGGCACAAAACUGUCUCAAUGAGAGGGGAGACAGAGGCAGCUAGGGCUUGAUCUCCCAGGAGAGAGUUGCAGAAAUGGGAGACUUUCUCUGGCCUCAGAGGAAAUGAGCACAGGCUGGAGUAGAUGACUUAUGUGUGAUUUAAUGUCGGCUCCCCAGGUUGUGGGCCUCAGGAAUCAACUUAGGCAGUUCCCCACAAGCACUAGCCUGUAAUUGUAGCUUUCCCCAUCAGGCGUCCUUAUGUCAUUGGGGUGCAGGCAAACCUCUGUGAUCCUAAGACCUGGAGAGGACAGGCUAAGUGAAGCGUGGUCCCUGGACCCUACAAGUGGUCUGGGUUAGAGGUGAGCCUGGCAGGCAGCACUGACUGAACUCAGAGGUAGACGGGUCACCUUACUACCUCCUCCCUUGUGGCAGGGCUCAAACUGAAAGAGUGGGUUCUAAAUACAGGCAUUCAAGGCUUGGGGAAGGAAAGCUAUGCCAUCCUUCCUUGGCCGGAGAGGGAGAACCAGCCAGAUGAUAGUAGUUAAACUGCUAUGCUUGGGCCCAGGAGGCUUUGAGAAAGCCUUCUCUGUGUACUCUGGAGAUAGGUGGAGAAGUGUUUUCAGAUUCCUGGGAGCAGACACAAGUGCCCAGCUCCUCCAAAGUUCUGGCUUAGCAGCUGCAGGCAGGCAUUAUGCUGCUAUUGAAGAAGCAUUAGGGGUGUGCCUGGCAGGUGUGAGCACCCUGGCUCGCUGGAUUUGUGGGUGUUUUCAGGCCUUCCAUUCCCCAUAGAGGCAAGGCCCAACGGCCAGUGUUGCUUAUCUCUUCAGGGUAGGCGGGCACAGGCCUGGACUAGAGAGGAGAAAGAUUGGUGUAAGUAAUCUGCUUUCCUGUCUGUAGUGCCUGCUGUUUAGAAAGGGUGAGUUGGAAUAUGUGUUCUGAGUUGGGUGAGGGGCUAAAUUGCACGUGUUUAGGCUGGCAUCCCGUGUGCAGGACAUACUGGUGGAGGGUAUGUAAAGUGGGGGAAGCAGCAGGUAGACCACCUGUUCCAGGCUGUGGUGCCACCCUCUCUGGGAUUCAUGCAGAGCAAAGCACUUUAACCAUUUAUUUUAGAAGGUCUAGAGAUUGGGGUAGAGUUUGGGCUAAGGUCUCUAGGGUCCCUGCCCAAAUCCCACUCCUGAGGGAGGGGGAAGAAGAGAGAGCGGGAUAUUCUCUUCCAGUCCUGUCUCAUCUCCUGGGAGAGGCAGAGGAGCGAGCUUCACACAGAAUUUCAUGUGAAUGGGGCCAGCAAGAGCUGCCCUGUGUCCAUGGCAGGUGUGCCAGGCUGGCUGGGAACAAGGAAUAGUGUGCUGGGUAGAAAGGGCGUGGGCAGGUAUAGAUUGGCCUGGGAGUGUUAUAGUAGGGAGCAGGUUUCUUCCUCCUUUCUGAGACUCACAGCCCCCCUUCUUCCCACUCCACUGGUUGUCCCAUGAAGGAAGCAGUGGGAUUCCCCCUGACCCAGCUGCCUCUUAGGGUUUGGUGUGAGACAUGCACACACACUCACACGCUCGCUGUCACUCACCACACUGGAGGGCACACAUGCAUCCCGCACUCAGCAACUCCUGACAGAAAGCUCUUCCCACACAAAUAGGCCAGGCCCCAGCAUGAUUCUGAAAUCUGCAUCUGCCGUGGUUUGUAUUCAUUGUGCAUAUCAGGGAUACCCUCAAGCUGGCCUGUGGGCUCCAAAUCACUCAUAGAGGAGAAAACCAGAGAAAGAUGAAGAGGAGGAGUUAGGUCUGUUUGAAAUGCCAGGGGCUGGCCAUGAGGAAUAGGUGAAAAAAAACUUCACCAGCCUUUGAGAGACUAGACUGACCCUACCCUUCCCUCAGUGAGCAGAAUCACUGUGGUCAGUCUCCUCCUGUCCCAGCUUCAGUUCAUGAAUACUCCUGUUCCUCCAGUUUCCCAUCCUUUGUCCCUGCUGUCCUCCACUUUUAAAGAUGGGUCUCAACCCCUCCCCACCACGUCAUGAUGGAUGGGGCAAGGUGGUGGGGACUGGGGGAGCCUGGUAUACAUGCGGCUUCAUUGCCAAUAAAUUUCACGCACUUUAAAAGUCCUGUGGCUUGUGACCUCUUAUCUGAAUAAAGUGUUAGAAUCCAUUUUGG